AUGACAGAAGUUAUAACCACAACCCAAUUGAAGGAACUUCAAAAGGCUAUCAGAGACCAGUUUAUAACACUUUAUAAGAAUAAUACUGAUGCAUUACGAGCCAUCUCAUCGAGGACUAAAAUUCAGGACUCUACACCCUGUGCUGAACUAGUGAAGCUUUCACAACUUAUCAAAUCACAUACAACUAAGAUUGGUAUUAUAUUGAAUCCGGAAACUUUUACAGAGGAAAAUUAUAAUGCUACAUAUAAAGAAUUGAAAUCAUUUAUUGAUUAUGUUUUCUUCUAUUUCAGUUUAUUGCCGUUAUUUUAUAAAGAUGAAGAAUACCCAGAAUACAUGUUGAAGAAAAUUGAUAAUGCGACGUUAGAAUUGCUUAAUGGUAUGGAGGUUUUAUGCGAUGAAUUAGACAAAAAAUUUGAACAGAAUGACACUGAUGAGGAUAGAUUAUUAUGUGUAGGAAUGAUUUGGAGUAGUUGCGACACUCUUGAAGAUAUUGGUAAGAAGGGUAAAUUUGGUUUACUUGCAGAUUCUAUUAGAGAAAGUAGUGGUUUAGUUGAUGACGUAUUAAGUGAAGUGGACGAGUUUCUUGAAGAGCCUACAUUGGGUAAUGGGUUUAUGUUAGAUGAUGGAUUUGAUUCGGAUGAAGAUGAAGAAGAAGAAACUCCAAAGAUUAUUGAAGAUGAUAAAGAAACAUUGGAAAAACUUUCGAAGUUCUUAGAGACAUGGAAAACCAAAUUAAAAAUGAUUAAAUUAUUAUUAUCGUCAUUUACUUCCACUAUAUCUUCUAGUAAUUAUAAAUCUACGAAUAAAAAGGGAUCAAUCCUUGAUGAUUUAUAUUCACAACAUCAAAAUAUAACACAAAAUAUUGAUGAACUGAUAGGGGAUGUAUUUAUGACAGAAUCUACAUUUGAAUCCAGCGACUUUGAGGAACAAAUUGAAUUAUUGAAUAAAAGCCUGACAUCAAUUAUUUCCGUCAUGAAAAGAUUAAAUGAUGAAGAUGUUAAGAAAUCGAAAUGGAUCAACGUCUGGGAAGCUAAAUAUUUUGAAAAUUAA